AUGUUGCUACCAAUUAUAGAUAUUUCAAACCAACCAUUAUCCAUAGAUUUUAUUAAGUCUCUUGAUUUGGUUGGAGAAAUUAUUCUUCGUAUUCCUAAUUUAAAUGAUACAACUUUAUUAACACAAUUUCUUGAAAAAUAUCAAUUAGAUAAAUAUUGGUUAUUUCCAAUUAAAGAAAUAGUACCUGAUAAUAUUGAAAAUAUAAUUCAAUUUUUAGAUCAAGGAGCACAAAAAAUAGUUAUUUCAGGUUCAAAUUUUUUAAAAAAUGAUAAUAUUUCUACUUUACCAGCUGAUAGAUUAGCUAUUAGUAUAAAUUCUCAUGAUUUAUGUGAUGAAGAAUUAAUUAAAAAAUUAUCAGGAUUAGCUUCAGAUUAUUUGAUUACAGAUGUUGAUUUAGAAUCAUUAUCUGGAAAAUUUUUUCAAGAUUUAAAUAAUUUUAUACAAAAUGUACAAAAGAGUAUUACUACUUUUAGUAUGGUAGCAAAAGUCGGUAUUAUUUUACAACAUGAAAAUCAUGAUAUAAAAUAUUCUUUGGAUUUGGUAAAAAAUUUAUCGACAAUUUCUGCUGAUUUAGUGGUUCCUAUCAAAUAUCUUACAUUGGAUUCAGAAAAUAACAGUCAGUUAAACGUAGCAGACGCUUUAACAUGUACACUAACAUCAGAUCGUCCUGAUGGAUUGUUCAUAACCGUUGUGGUAGAUGAGAGAGGUGUGGCAUUAGGUGUGGUGUAUUCAUCUACCGAGAGUGUGAAAGAAGCGCUCAAAACUAGGACAGGAGUAUAUCAAAGUAGAAAACGUGGUUUAUGGCACAAAGGUGCUACAUCGGGAUCCGUUCAAGAGCUAAAAAAAAUUGAGGCAGAUUGUGAUGGUGACUCAUUGAAAUUCACUGUUAAGCAGUUUGGAAGUGGAUUUUGUCAUUUGAAUACUCGUACAUGCUUUGGUGGAAGUAAAGGCCUUAUAGCACUUGAAGAAACCCUUCAAAAUCGAAAGAUAUCAGCUCCAUCCGGAUCAUACACGCAACGAUUAUUCCAAAACCCAGACUUACUUCGUUCAAAAAUUAUGGAAGAGGCAGAUGAAUUAUGUUCCGCUACUACUAAAGAAGAUAUCGCUUGGGAAACUGCAGAUUUAUUCUAUUUUGCUCUUGUUAAAUGUGUUGCAAAUGAUAUUUCACUAAUUGAUGUGGAAGCACAUUUGGAUAAACGUGCAAAGAAAGUAACUCGACGACCUGGUAAUGCAAAAUCUCAAUGGGAUAUUUCCGCAAAGAAAACAACGGAAAUUGACGGCGAUGCAAAAGAUAACCAAAUUCCUGUCAAUAUACCAUGUAAAUCAGAUAUAAUUAAAAUGCAAAAAUUCAAAUUAUCAGAAAUUGAUUCGAAAAAAAGGGCAUCACUUCUCAAACGACCUAUCAUCAAUUCCGAUGACAUUAUGGCACGAGUACGUCCAAUUAUUAAUGAUGUACGUAAUAAAGGUGAUGCUGCCAUUAUUGAAUAUACAGCAAAGUUUGAUAAAGUUCAACUUAAUACACCUGUAAUUUCUGCUCCUUUUCCACCAGAAGCGAUGGCGUUAGAUGACGUCACGCGUCGUGCGAUUGAUCAAGCUUAUGAUAAUAUUUAUAAAUUUCACGAUGCGCAAUAUGAUCGUUCAACAUUAGUUGUUGAAACAAUGCCUGGUGUAGUUUGUUCAAGAUUUAGUCGUCCUAUUGAACGUGUUGGACUUUAUGUUCCAGGUGGUACAGCUAUUCUACCAUCAACAACCCUUAUGUUAGGAAUCCCAGCUAAAGUAGCAGGAUGUAAAGAAAUAAUUAUUGCAAGUCCACCAAGAAAGGAUGGAACCGUUGUACCUGAAGUGCUAUAUGUAGCACAUAAAGUUGGAGCUUCUAAAGUUUUGUUGGCAGGUGGUGCUCAAGCAAUCGCAGCACUUGCAUAUGGAACCGAAACAGUACCAAAAGUAGACAAAAUAUGUGGUCCUGGAAAUCAAUAUGUUACCGCCGCAAAAAUGUUGGCACAAAAUGAUAGUUCUGCAAUGAUUUCAAUUGAUAUGCCCGCAGGACCUUCGGAACUUUUAGUUAUCGCGGAUAACUCAAGUAUUCCUACGUAUGUGGCAUCUGAUCUUUUGUCACAAGCCGAACAUGGAACUGAUUCACAAGUAGUAUUGAUCGGAGUUUCUCUAACACCUGAACAUCUUGCAGACAUUGAACGUGAAAUUCAUGAACAAGCAAGUCGCCUUCCAAGAGUAGAUAUUGUUCGUGAAUCAAUUCCAAAAAGUUUUAUCUUGCAAGUAAAUAAUAUGAAUGAAGCAAUGAAAUUUUCCAAUGAUUAUUCACCUGAACACUUAAUCUUACAUAUUGAUGAAGCUGAAAAAUGGGUAGAUGCCAUUGAAAAUGCUGGUAGUGUUUUUAUUGGAGCUUAUUCACCAGAAAGUUGUGGUGAUUAUGCUUCUGGUACCAAUCAUACUCUUCCUACAUAUGGUUACGCUCGAAUGUAUUCUGGC